GGCCGAUGCCUCCCGGCCCCGGGCCGCCCCGGCCCCGACGGCGUGGGCAGGGAGGGCAGCACCGGGGCCCCGCCGCGCCCUUCCUGCUGCCGCCAACUCCAAUAAAGCUUCCCCGCCACCGCCCUGCGCUCCCGACUUGUCUCUCCGGCAGCCCCGACGGUCAGGCAGCCCCGAGGGUCCCCGCGCUCCGCCCCGACAGGGCGGCCCCGGGGGCGGGCGGGGCUCCCUGCCGAGGAACCAGGGUGCCAAGCUCCGCCGUCCCGUAGCAGCCAUGCAGCUCCUGCCUCUGCUCGCCUGGGCUCUGCUGCCAGGCUAUGGGGCGAUGGGCUGGCGCAGAACUGUGCAGGGAUUCGUGGGGGAGUCCCUCUCAGUUACCUACAAGUACCGGCCCGGCCAGGAGAUGAACCCGAAGUUCUGGUGCAACCCGGGAACAUUUUAUACCUGUGCUAAGGACAUCAUCAUCACUUCGGAGUCACAGCCCGUGGUGCGGAAGGGCCGAUUCUCCAUCCGGGAUAACCGCACACACCUGGUGUUCACAGUGACUGUGGAGGAUCUGACAGAGGAGGAUGCGGGAAUCUACUUCUGUGGGGUGCGAACGGGAAGGCUCCAAUUUGAUCGGGGUGAUGAAGUGGAGGUGAUUGUGUUGCCAGCCACCCCACCAUCAACCUCCACCACAAACAAGCACACCGAUCUCACUAGCUCUGUAACAGGCCCCACACAGACAACUUCCCAAGGGGGAACUGUGCACAUGACGUCAAAUCCGUCCAGCAACCAAAGAUUGAACGUGGUUGAGCACAUCCUCACUCCGGGCAUCGUAGUAGUUCUUCUUUUGCUUGCUGUGGCUGCUGCUGUUCUGGUAAUACUGUCCAGGAAGAGGAAAAAGGCCCUCUCCAGAGCAGCCAUAGAGAUGGACAGGACUCGCAGUGUUUCUCAUACAGGAGCAGAUGCCUUGAAUUAUGCAGACAUUAACCACCACAUGGGCACAGCCGAGAGCCAGCUGUACAGCAACGCCAAGGCUUUCCGGAGCCUGCAAAACUCCACAAUCGAGUACAUGGAAGUCAGGCACAGUGCUAAGCCUGUGGAAGAGGAAUCAGAGGCAAUAUAUGCCAGAGUGCAGAAGCGUGUGCCGCAGCAGGAGCAGAUCUACAGCAACAUGCCACCAGCUCCACGGCCCAGUGAGGAGCCUGAGAGCAGAGCUGGGGGAGUGUGAGCCAGCACCCAGCCCCAUGGGCUGCUUCUGCUGCCAGGAGUGCCACUGGGACCUGCAUGGAGGGGAUUGCAUUGGCAUUGCACUCAGGCAGGAGCUGGCUGGACAGUGGAGCUGCUGCUCUUCAAGGCUCGGAUGUUUCCUUGGAGCAACACUGAGAGGAGACAUGGAGCGGGAUGAGGAUAAAAUCAUCCCUUUGCAUUUGGAGUCCUCAUCCAUACAUUAGUGGUGCUGGGAAUGAAAAUUUUCCCCCUGAAGUGAGGCAGUCCAGGCCAGUGACCUGCCAGGCAGGGUGUCGGGGAGCUGGGAGGGGGAGGCAAGGCUGAGGGUUGCGGGUGGGCUGGCUCCCUGAACCCACCACCUGUCCCACUUGCCCUUCUGCAUUGUUCUUGGGGGGUGAAGCUUCCAAACCCACGGAUCUCCUCAGAGUGACUUUUUUCAUGCUGAUGGCAGCUGGCAGCUCCUGGGAAGCAGGACAGUGGGAAAUGUUAUAUCCAAGUGCAUUUGCACAGGGUGCUUGGGUGGAGGAUGUGGGGUAUUAAGGUCUUGGUGAAGAAAUGGCCUCUCCCCAAACACCACACUUGCACAGCCCCCAGGGAGGUUUCCUCCUGCUCUCUCCCACCACCUCUGACCUGGGAGCACACACAGGGGCUGUAAAUAUCACCCUGCUCAUCUCUGCUUUGCUGAUAGCUUUUUUUUUCUGGCACCCACUAAAUACCUUCUUCUGUGUCAAAUGUUGCUGCUUUAUCAGCGACAGCAAGUGAGAA